CAAAACACACCUUCGCAUGUCGGACUGACCACGUUCCAGUAGUAGAGGUCAGCCCAUUAAGAUAGCACAAGACGAUGGCGUUGGCAACAUUGCCCAGGGUGCUUGGCAUGCUCGUCGCCGCCUUGCUGGUGUCCACGGCGAGCGAAGCGAGUGCCUCCGAUUGCCUCAACAUGGACAAGCUUCCGAGCGUGGCCCUCGGCUCGUCGGGGGCGUAUACACUGCAGAGUCGAGUGGAACGGGGUGGGUCGUUGCUGUGUCUAAAGGCGACGUUCACGGGCACCACCUCGUGGCUUGGGGUCGGCAUCGCUCGUUCAAAUUUGAUGGUGUCGACGAUCGGUGGUCCCGCCAACGUGCUGGUGUUUGAUGCCGCGAAAAUGACUGCCAACACGUACGUCGUGAACGGCAAAGGCGUGGCCAAAGUGAACAUGCAAAGCUACCAGUCGUCGUAUACUGUCAUCGACAUGACGUCGCGGGACUCGCUCACGUCGGUUACAGUGUCGCGGGCCAUGUCUGUGAAUGAGUCCCACGUGUAUGAUGUGGCCAUCGCCGUCGAUGCCCCGACGAACGUCAUUUGGGCCUACGGGGCCAAGUGGCCAGGGAAACAUGUCGACAAAGGCGCGAUGCUCUUAGCCUUUUCAGACACGAAAGACACGCGGAAUGUCGGGUCCACGUCCAGCUACGUGGUCAUUCUCGGCACCAUCGUCGCCUCGAUGGCUACGGCCUCGCUCGCGCUUCGCUUUUCCUUCAGUAAAGCACACCAUCUGUUCGAAACAACAACGUAAUAAUUGCCGAUUAGAACGGCUGGACCACAAGCUCGUGCCGCCACCAAGGGAAGCUAGCUCCGGCUGUUUUGCCAUUCAACGCACGCUGAGCGACUUGUCCGUGGGAGAAGGCAUCCUCGUCCUGCUGUACCUCACUGGUCUGGUGCUGGUGCUGGCCCUGCUGCCGUUUUACGAGGCCAACGUCGUAGCGUUCGACCGCCAAGUGUCGUUAGCCAGUGGCCACCUGGGUCUGUUUCAUCUGUCACUCCUGAUAGUCCCCGUGUCCCAUGUCGGGUGGUGGCUCAAUCUGGCCCAGUCGCGCCUCCUCAAGUUCCACAAAGCCCUCAGCGUCGUCUUCCUUUUGUGUGGGGGGCUGCAUCUGGCCUUCAGUAUCAAGGCAUAUGGCGCCGGCAUUGUCUGGUACCGCGAUCCGUUUGGCAGCCAACGAGUCGUCCCCCUCUUUGGCUUUGUGGCCCUCGGAUGCUUUCUCUGCGUGGGUGUCGUGGCCAUCCCCAUCAUCCGACUCAAUUUGUACGAACUGUUCCUGGCCAUCCAUCGAGUGCUGUUUGUGGCUGGCAUUGUCUUGGUGUAUCUCCACAGCCGCACGAUUCAAAUCGCUCUCAUUUGCCCGCUUGUGAUCUACGGCAUUGGUGGCAUCUUCGUGCGCCUUCCGCCCUUCUUCAAAACGUACACCGUCACAACGGCGAUCACCACCUCCCACACGACCAUGCUCACGCUGCCAUUGACCAAACACACUCAGCGAUGGGUGACGCAGUACCGCUUGUGUUCCCACGCCUAUGUCAACGUACCAGCCAUCUCGGCCACGGCAUGGCAUCCGUUCACGGUCAUGAUCACACCUGCCCGCGACGGCAUUGCAUUUUGCAUCAAAUCAGUGAAACCCCACAGCUUCACCCACAAACUGCACGUGUUGUCGCACCUGCAUGACCACUUGAAUGUGAAAUUGGCCGGACCGUACGGCCAGCCCACCGUGGACUUGACCAAGUACCAGCAAGUGGUGCUCGUGGGCGGUGGCAUCGGAGUCACCCCCCUCCUUGGGGCGAUCAACUUCCUCGACAGCCAUGCCCACGUGAAAAUGCACUUGUGCUGGGUGGUGCGACACCCGGACGAGCUACUGAGUUGCCAGACCAUGAUGUUCCCAUUACCCCACUUUGUCACGGCCGAAUUUUACGUUAGUUUAGCGAUUUCCGAAGGCCAGAUCGAAACCGACCGUGGCGACGUCGUGAGGUAUUCCCCCGGACGCCCCACCGCCGACGCUAUCCUGCAGAGGUUCCAGAACAUCCCGCGCACAGUCGUCCUCGCGUGUGGCCCCGAAGGCAUGAUCGUGGACGCCCAGCGCGAAGCAUAUGACCGCGGAUUUGACUUUCAAAAAGUCGUGUUUGCGUUUUAACAAGUCAAAAUGAAUGUAGUAAGUAGUUUUCUGGACAAGACAAGAUUGCUCCAGUAU